AUGGACCAGGACAGGGGUGAACAGUAUGGACCAGGACAGGGUGAACAGUAUGGACAAGGACAGGGUGAACAGUACAGACCAGGACAGGGUGAACAGUACAGACCAGGACAGGGUGAAAAGUAUGGACCAGAACAGGGUGAACAGUAUGGACAAGGACAGGGUGAACAGUAUGGACCAGAACAGGGUGAACAGUAUGGACCAGGUCAGGGUGAACAGUAUGGACCAGGACAAGGUGAACAGUAUGGACCAGGACAGGAAGAACAGUAUGGACCAGGACAGGGUGAACAGUAUGGACCAGGACAGGGUGAACAGUAUGUAAAAGGACAGGGUGAACAGUAUGGACCAGGACAGGGUGAACAGUAUGGACCAGGACAAGGUGAACAGUAUGGACCAGGACAGGAAGAACAGUAUGGACCAGGACAGGGUGAACAGUAUGGACCAGGACAGGGUGAACAGUAUGGACCAGGGCAGGGUGAACAGUAUGGACCAGGACAGGGACAAGAUGAACAGUAUGGACCAGGACAGGGUGAACAGUAUGGACCAGGACAGGGUGAACAGUAUGGACCAGGACAGGGUGGACAGUAUGUAAAAGGACAGGGUGAACAGUACAGACCAGGACAGGGUGAACAGUACAGACCAGGACAAGGUGAACAGUAUGGAACAGGACAGGGUGAACAGUAUGGACCAGGCCAGGGUGAACAGUAUGGACCAGGACGGGGUGAACAGUAUGCACCGGAACAGGGUGAACAGUAUGGACCAGGACAGGGUGAACAGUAUGGACCAGGACAGGCUGGACAGUAUGUAAAAGGACAGGGUGAACAGUAUGGGCCAGGACAGGGUGAACAGUAUGGACCAGGACAGGGUAAACAGUAUGGACCAGGACAGGGUGAACAGUAUGACUAA